AUGUCUUUGAUAGAAAGCAUUAGCAUUGUAGAAAAAUCUGCAGAUAAAUUAGAAAAAAGUCAAGGGCACAUGGGAGAAAUAGUCAAAAACAAAUUUGCAAAUAUCAUUAAAAAAAAUUCUGGAUUUCAAACUAUUAAAAUCAUCAGAGAUAUUUUAAUUGGUAAAAAUCAACAAGGAUCUCUGGACAUUGAAUUCACUCCUUCUGAUAUAGUGAACAUGAAUUACGCCCCUAUCACAUCUGUUGACGUAGAACGGUCUUUUAGUCAAUACAAGAGUAUUCUCCGACCAAACCGUAGAAAUUUUUCAUUUGCAAACCUUCAACAAUAUGUUGUUUCUCAUUGCUUUGUUCCGGAAUAA